AUGGCGGCGCCGGCGGAGGCGGAGGUGGCCGCGGGCUUCGCCGAGGCGGAUGAAGCAGCGGAACUGACCCGCGCGCUAGGUCGUCUGUUACCGGGACUGGAGACCGAAAGUAAGCUGGGGCGGCGGCGCGCGCUGGAAGCUCUGGAGCACGCACUGGAAGAGGCGGUGCGGCCCGGAACGGAUUCCGCUGCCUUCCAGGGCCCAUGGGCUCGUCUGCUGCUGCCUCGCCUGCUGCGACUUCUGACCGACCCAGCCGAGGGCUGCCGCGCGCUGGCUGCUCACCUGCUGGACUUAGGCCUUCGCCGUGCCGCGCGGCCCCGCGAUGCUCUGCCGCGCCUGUUGCCCGCGCUCACCGCACGCCUUGCCCGACCAGAAUCCACGCGGCCACCGCCUGAACCCUGCGAAGAGCUGCGUCUUGCCCUCGUGCAACUGCUUCACCUGGCCGUGGACCUGGGCGGCGCCGCGCUCGCGCCCCACCUGGACGACGCGGUGCGCGCGUUGCGGGGUGCGCUGCUCGACCCCUUCGCCGCGGUGCGCCGGGAGGGUUGCGAGUGCGCAGCCGCUCUGGCGCGUGCCAUUCCGGAGCACUUCCACAUGCAGUCGGAGUCCCUCAUAGGCCCCCUGAUGCAGACCAUCUCCCACCAGCACUGGAAGGUCCGGGUAGCUGUCAUCGAAGCCACAGGCACUGUAAUCCAGUUUGGCAAUGGGAAUUCGGUGGAUGAUGUUCUUUCCCACUUUGCUCAAAGACUCUUCGAUGAUGUCCCUCAGGUCCGGCAGGCAGUGACCUCGGUGGUGGGGGGAUGGCUGCUCAAUCUCCGUGACCGAUACUCCUUCUUUCACAAACUCACCCCACUGUUACUCAGCAGCUUCAGUGACGAAAUGCCUGAGGUCCGACAGACAGCCACCAGCCUCUGGGAGAAGGUCGGGCUGCAGUGGCAGGAGGAAAAUGAGGCAGAUCUAAAGGACAAGCUGGACUUUGCUUCACCUCCUCCUCCUAACUACCCUGAGCACGAGAGCCGUCCUGGCCUGGGCUGCCGAGAGCUGGUCUUCAGGAACCUCUCCAAGGUGCUUCCUGCCAUCUGUCACGAUAUCACCGACUGGGUGGUGGGGACCCGGCUGAAGGCAGCGCAGCUGCUGCCGGUGCUGCUGCUGCAUGCAGAGGACCACAUCACACAGCACCUGGAGAUCGUCCUCAGAACCCUGCAUCAGGCGUGCACCGAUGAGGAGAAGGCUGUGGUCAGCAGCUGCGUGAGAGCCGCAGAGCUCAUUGGCACCUUCGUCAGCCCAGAAGUAUUUCUGAAACUGAUCUUAGCCAUGCUGAAGAAAGCACCCUCGGCCUCUGGCCUCUUGAUCCUUGCUUCUGUCAUCCGAGGCUGUCCCCGCAAUGCCCUUCAGCCACACCUCAAGGUCAUAGCCACAGAGCUGGCCCAGGAGCACAUCUGCCAGGGGUCUGAGAAUAAUAGCUACCUGGAGCAUCUGCUGCUGUGUGUGCAGACUCUGCUGUCUGUGUGUCAGGAAGACUGCUGUGCUGCCAGCCUGCAGCUCUCGGAGGUGCUGGUGACAAUAAUGGCAGUCUCAGAUGCCGUGAGUCUUGAGAAGAAGGCUCAGAAGACCAUGGACACCCUGGCUGAGGUGGAGGAUAUCCCCAGCAGUCAGGACCUCUACCGCAAGCAUCUGGGUGCACUACUGGAACGGCUGACAGCCUCUCAUGGCGAGUGGACGGUGCACUCUGUGCAGCUGCUGAAGUUCACUGUGCUCCUCACCCAGGCAGGCCCAGCUGUGGGAGAGGCUCUGCAGCAUGUGAUCCCCACUCUCAGGGCCUGUCUCCAGCCCACCACAGACCCACACAUGCGCCUGAAGCUCUUCUCUAUCCUGUCUUCAUUGCUGCUGAGGCCUAAGGACACCGUCGACUCUCAGGGACAGUUCCAUGGCUACUUGGAUAUGGUAAUAAAUGACAUCCUAGCCCCCAACCUACAGUGGCAUGCAGGCAGGACAGCUGCAGCCAUCCGGACGGCCACCAUAUCCUGUCUGUGGGCACUUAUCAGCAGUGACAUCUUAUCGGCCAAGCAGGUUCAAGAGGCACAGGAGACCCUGAUGCCACAAGUGCUGGCCACGCUGGAGGACGACUCCCAGACCACACGCCUGAUCUCCUGCCGUAUCAUCAGCAGGUUCCUCAAGAACUCAGGGGAUACCAUGGAGCCAGAGAAAUUUCUCAAGGUCUAUCCUGAGCUCUUGAAGCGCCUAGAUGAUGUCUCCAAUGACGUGAGAAUGGCAGCUGCUUCCGCCUUGCUCACCUGGCUGAAGUGCAUUGAGAGCGUGGAUGGGAAAUCCGCCUAUCAGAGCAGCGUUCAGUUCCUGUACAGGGAGCUGCUGGUCCACCUGGAUGACCCAGAAAGUGCCAUCCAAGACACUGUGCUAGAAGUCCUCAAGGAGGGCAGCGUCCUGUUUCCAGAUGUGCUGGUGCGGGAGACGGAGGCUGUUGUCCACAAACACCGCUCAGCUACCUACUGCGAGCAGCUGCUGCAGCAUAUGCAAACCAUGGCUGCCGCUCGGUGACCAUGCACAUCAGCCACUGAAGGAAGACAGCGGUACCCAGAGACCCCGCAUUUAAGACAGCCGUGUCCACAGCCUCAGGAUCCCACCAGCCACCAGAUGGUGCUUGAGCAUCAGCUUCUGUUUUUCCUAAGCAGAUUCUGGGAUUUUGUAACAUGCCUACUUUUCACAGAGGCCUCAGAAAGCUAAAAUUAAAUUUAAAUGCCCCCACCCACGCCAGCUUCCCAAUUAGCUGCUUGAACAUAAUGUUUUUAUCACAGGCCCCGAGGGGUCCUGGGCUGCUUCAGAUUCACAUGCAGGAAAGCCAACUCGAUUGUAAAAACAACCAACCAUCCUCUCCUUUGGGCUCUGCUCCAUCAGCCUGUGACGAAGACAAUGUCAGUCUUGACUCGCUGAUAAAAUUUCUCCAAAUUUUUUGGGGUUUUGACACCGGGUUUCUCUGUGAGCCUUUGGCUAUUCUGGAACUCACUCUGUAGACCAGUCUGGCCUUGAACUCUCAGAGAUCCGCCUGCCUCUUCCUCCCAAGUACUGGGAUUAAAGGCCUGUACCACUACCACCCGGCUCCUUUAAAAUACACUGGAAUGUCUUGCAAUGUGGGUGCAAUGUCCUGGUGUUGUUUCUCAGUGUUAGUGAUGCCCGUGGGUAAAGGAUAGACAGGAAACCAGCCUUCAUCCCUACCACUUGCUUAUAGCAGUCAGUAGGUGGUCAUUCUCCAGUGUCUUUUCCACCAAGUGCCUAAAAGAUGUUUAAAUGGUUGUUAUCAGCAGCCAAUAUUUUUGUUAAGAUAAUGUUGGGGGGCGAGUUUCCAACAAAUUUUAACAUUUCUGCUUUGCCUUUUAUGGAAUUAAAUUAUUCUUGCAGUUA